UAUUAAAAUAGCAUUCUUAAGUUUUUUAUGUAGCGAGUGAUAAUUUUCUUUGACGCUUGGUUUUGUUGUGUUACAAUAUAAUUUUAAUUUAUCGAGAAAUGGAAGAUAUAAAUUUCUGGAUGCUCCUUGGUAUUAUGACAAUUUGUAGAUUCGUAAAUGGAUAUGAAAAGGAAAUGACAGUAUAUAUAGAAGCUGGCAGAAGAGAAUGCUUUUACCAUUCCGUACGAAAUGGGGAAACUAUCGAUAUAGAAUAUCAAGUGAUUGAUGGUGGGCAUGGUGACUUAGAUAUAAGCUUUUCACUUCUGGAUCCGAUAGGAUUAGUAAUAGUAAGCGACUACAAAAAACCGGAAAACAUACAUCGUCAUGAGGCAAAUAAAGAUGGAGAUUAUCGCUUUUGUUUUGAUAACGCUUUCAGUACUUAUAAUCGAAAAACUGUGUUCUUUGAACUUAUCAUUGAGCAAGAAGGACAGUCAGCUUUUGAUAACGACUGGGAUAAUGCUUCCACUUCUAAAACACCGGAGGAAUUAUAUGAUAUUCAAGUUCAUGAAAUCUUAGAAUAUGUUGGACGCGUUCACAUGCAAAUAGCGAAAGCUCAUCAAAUAUUAAAUAUGUUACGAUCAACAGAGGCACGAGAUCGUAAUCUGGCGGAGGCUAAUUACUCUAAAGUAAAUAAAUGGUCACUUUUUCAAAUAUGUGCUAUGAUUUCGGUGGGAYUUUUACAAGUAUUCAUGGUUCGAAGUAUAUUUGAUACAAAUACGCGAAUGAGCACUUUCUGGAAAAAAUUGGGAAUGUGAUUCACAUCCAAACAUAUCCGGCUUAUCAAACGAAUGGAAUAAAAUAAUAUGGGUGUAUGCCUCUACGAGAAAUUAUCCGCCAUUGAAACCAAAGAAAAUAUUCCAACUUUUACGGAAUAACAUAUACAUAUGUAUGAACAAUACUCAGUCUAACUUAAUAAUACAUGGAAUGUAAAUCUUACUUUAAGGCGAUCUAAAAAACACAUCAAUUCAUAAAUAAUCAACCAGUAGUUGGCUUAGUCUGUCGUAGUAAAAUUAAGUUAUUGUUAAAAAAUUUUCCUGUAUAAAUAAUUGUUGCCAUUUUGGUUUUAUAGAGAAUAGAAUAUAGAAUGAACUAAUUUUUUAUUACUUCAA